AUGGCUCCAAACAGAGCUCUGAAGAGAAGGUCAGUCAGACGUUCUCAUCACCUCUGCUGGAGGAAGGUCAGAGGUCAGCUGUUGGAGGCCGGUGGGAGCCUGGUGGCGUUUGUGUCUGGCCUGCUGCUGGCGUCUCUGUACGGUGCCAUGGCUCUCUUCCUACAGAAACAGCCACUCUGGUUCUGCCUUUACAGUACGGUGGGCUUGGCCUGUGUGGCGGCGUUUGGCAUGGGUCUGUCAGCUGGUUUUCGGGCUGAUCUCAUGGUCAUGAUGCCUUCACUGUGCUCAGCUCAUGGCAGGAGUUUCUUUCUUUUCCUGUUUAUGUCAAUGCUUUUCUCUGGUCCGGUCACCAACAUACUGGAAAACACAGAGCGAGCCGCUGCCAGCCUGCUGUGUGGAGCUGAGCUGGCGGCCAAUCAGACGCACCAACUUAUGCAGAGAGCAGCCAUGCCCCUCUUCUCUGCAUUGGACAGAAUCAGAGAAAUCACCAGUAACGCUUAUGCAGCAGCAGGACGAGUCCGAAACCUAAUCCAUGCUCUGACUGACAGCAUCCGCCAUGUUGCUCGCACUCUGAGGAACGUCCUCCACUUCCUGGUGGACAUUGGGGAUAUCUGUAAUGCCAAGCUGGGCUCCCCUUACAGGAAGUGCCGCAAACUAUUUACUGAGGCUCGGACUGACUGUUCUGAGCUGCUGGGAGACUUCAACUUCCUGUGUGAAAUCGUGGAUGGAUUUAUGCCACUUUGCAACCUUGCUCGUGCUGGUGAGUUCUUCUGCACCAUCCCAUCUUACAUCGCUCAACACCUGAAGAAACGUCUGGCAGCUCCUGUAGUUGCAGCAUUUGAACGAAUGAAGCAGGAGUUUGACUUCAACAUCACAGCCUCAAUGAACUUUGACCUGGAUGUGAACAACAGCCAGUCACUGCAUGAGAUUACUCAGGCCAUCAUGGAGGAGGUUUCAUCAGAGCUGCAGGUGCUUCAGACUCUGACCCAACCACUGAUGUACGGUGGCCUCGUCCUGCUCGCCUUCUCCUUCCUGAGGGCUAUGCGCUAUAGGCACAGGUAUCUGCAUGACCUCUCCUUCGAUAACGUUUACAUCAGCACUCAGUUCGAAGAUCUCGACCAACAGAUGGCCUCUGUGGGUGCAGCCUCUGUCCUGCCAAUCACACGUCAAGAGGCCAAGACUUACAUUAAAGGGUUGUCAUGUCGCCUCUCGAACAAAGAACAGAAGGCUGUGCUGAUGGGCGUGGCCUCCGUCCUCAAACACCUGGUAACAGGUGGGCUGUUAGUGGCGCUGGACUUCCUCGUGUUCUGGAUGCUGGAUCAGGUUCACCACCAGGCAACAGGGGACAUCGUGGCUAGAGCACCCAUCACGGUGGCGUUGCAGGUGAAUGGGUCUGGCUACGCCUCUGACAUCUACAGGGAUCUGGUGGCGUCAUUUAACGUCCUGCAGAGAGGGAACGUCACUGUGAUCAGCAGGAAGUGUCUGUUGGAACCAUUGGCACCAAACCAAACCACAUGCUUCGUAUUGGGGUUCUUACUGGGUCUGGCUCUGCUCAUGUCUCUGAUUGGAGGACUUGUUCAACGCUGCAGACGACUCAUCUGUGCUUCAUUUCAUCCAGAGAGAGAGAUGGAGAGGAUUCAGUUCCUUCAUCAGCAGAUCCUGGACCAGAGGAAGACUGCGGGAAAAGCCCUGAGGAGGUCAGCAGCCAAGAGGCGAGCUGAUGGAGUAGAAAGGGGAGGAGGAGGAGGAGGAGGAGGAGGAGGAGGAGGAAGACUUCAGCUUCUGUUGCAGAGGUUACCUGGAGGUGCUCACCUGUCUCACCUGUUGGGUCUGUCAUCUGUCACCUGUUUGGCCUGUGGUGAGAAGUUCAGUCCAGAUGAGGAGAAUGUGGUCACAUGCAGCGUUCCACAAUGCACCGGCCUGUACUGUCGGCCAUGUUUCCACAGUUUGGGAAACACAUGUGUCGUCUGCAUGCGACCUCUGACCUUCCAGGAAGACAGCGAGGAGGAGCUUGAAGCAGACAUGGCAUAUCAGGACACAUCGGACUCAGACGACAGUGAUGCCUCCUACUCAGACUCCUCAUCAGAGAACAGAAACUUCCAGAACAACUUCCCUAUCACAGUCAUCAUAGACCAACCUGAGAAUUCUCAAACCCUCCAAGACCACCAAGACUCACCAGGUUCCUAUGUCUAG